UCCAACAUUACAACCGGUGUUAUCUUCUUUUUGAGAUUGCUGUUGGAAAGAGCUGUAACAGGGAAGCAAUUAAUUGCUCUAGAAUCGCUAUAGCAAGUAGUGGGGAAGGUGUGGCAUUUGAGAAUUGUACAACUACUUUCUUCGUUGUACAAAAAGAGUUAUCGAAGAAAUCUAUCAGUUGGCUGACAGUCUAGAGCCGAUCUCCUGGGGACGCGCGGAUUACGGAGUUGCUGAAACAGGAGUCCUCAGGGAUUCGAGCUUCAUUUCAUGCGAAAUGUCGGCGCAGGAGGCUCUAUCAUGUCUAUUCUAUUUCCAGCCAUAAUCUUGACCUGGCUCAUUAGCUGUGGGCUAGUCACGCUGGUCGUCUGUCAAGAAACAGCAGAUGGCGGCGAGGAUGAAAGUGGAUCUAGAGCAGACUUGCCUGGCACAACCGUGCAACAGCCAAACAACACAGUACUGCAUGCUGCUCUCGGCAGCUCUGUUCAGCUCAUCUGCUAUGUCACACUCAAUGGCAGCAUUGUGUGGAGGACGCCACGGAGUGUCAGUUCUGGCAGGAGUUUUCUCAUCUCCACCAAGAAUGGCAGUACGCACAAGACAUCUACGGCAAACAUCCGUCACGUAUCAUCAUGGCAUGCUGGACUAUACACUUGCGCACUCGGCAAUGGUGUGGUCUUGAGGAACUUCACUCUCUUCAUUACGCCAGACGCUAGGACUGGAUUUGGCUCACUGCUUUUGUACGGAACACUGGGCUGUGUGGUAGUGUCUCUGUUGGGCGCAUCUUUGCUUGCUAGAAUCCACCAACUCCGACACAAGAAACCGAAACCUCAACUGCGCUCCUCCUAUUCUCCAGGGCGAGCAAUGCUGUCGGAUAACGUAGUCAUACCGGGUAUGCCUGAUGCUACACUUCCUCAUCUGGGCGAACAGCACAUGUCGCCACCACCUGCAGCCCCUCCGCGUCCUGCUUCAUCCCUAGAAGCCCGCAACCAGUCGCUAUACUCCAGUAACUACCAGGCACUGCGUGGUGUCAAGCACCUGCUGCACAACAAUGCUGAUGGCCUGCAGGCAGCCGAUACUGCUCUCAUCAACUCGCCAAAGAGCUGGCGCUCCACUGACACUGGUCCGGCAACUGGCAGGUCAAAGCAGCGCAUAGACAACAUGAGGAGCACCAUGUCGUAUUUCAAAUCUGCCGACAUUGAUGAUGGAUUGGGCUACCAUGAUCUGAGCGCAAGUUUUGGCGGUGAGGAUUAUCUUCCACCGGCGGACACAGGAUUCGGUUCUAGCAGCUAUAGAUCGACACGGCAGAGCAGACAUCUUAGUCAACAAGGAUCUGCACGUCACUCAGAGAGUACUUGGUGCGGUAGCAUCCAUGAACAGGGGAGGCCCAGUCGCGUAGGUGGGAGCUGUCGAUCUAACCAUUGGUCGGGCGCCUCGGCAAAGGAAAUGGUCGCUGGCACUGCUGAUUUUGAUUCGCGCUCAUCGAGUACUAAAUCACACGGAAACCCAAGGCGUAUGCACGCGAGUGACGUUCCAGUCGGUUGGGAACAUGAUGAAAUGGAUGACUUGUGUGACAUUGCAAUGCCUAAGUCGAAUUCCUUUGCAUCGCACCCAAGCCCUGUCGGUCCCCUUGUUGCCCGGCAUGCCGGUGGCAGGAGUGGCACUCGAGGCACUGUCACAACGCAUGGCUCAUUGAGACAUUCUCAUGGUUCACGGAUAACACAAGAACAUUGCAGUCCCAGACCUUUUGAACAAGCAGGUUAUCCAUCUUCUUCUGCAGUCAUGUCAAGGACGACUAGUUUGCAGGACACUAAACCUCUCCAUGUUGGUACAAGGACUGCUAGAAUGUCUACUCCACAGCACUAUUCGCAGGUUUCCCUUAGGAACAGUAGAAUGAACACGUCGCUCAAUCCUACUCCCUCUGACCUACUCCAUGAACAUACUCCACCCCUUCCUUGGAGGCCGGACUCUGCAGCCGGCUUGUAUCGCUCUGCUACGUUACACGAUGAACCCACACCAGCUGCUAGUCCCACACCACUCAGGAACGGUCAUCAAGACUUUGCUAUGUCACCGAGAGCGCCACGAAUGUACCAACAGUGAUAUUGCAGCGUGGAUUUGCUUUUCACUCUCUGCCAAAAUGUUAAUCGUUACCUCAUUCCAGAUCCCUUCACACAGCGACCUGAGCGUCUCUUCUUUCGAACAAUUCCCAGCGGCAGAGCAGGUGCUGGUCGCUUUUCCUCAGUCACUGAGAAUCCACAGUCAAACCUCUUGACAGGAAUGCAAUUCUCUACCUCUAACAAUGCACGUUUUCCCCUCAAGCACAGCUAACAUCGUAAUAAUAUUAUAAUACACACCCUGCGUGUCUUUCCUAACUCUACUCAUUCCUUAUGUUACAUUGUCAUUGUUUUGUGAACUUUUGUCACUACUGCCUUGGAUUUUUUUUCAAUUUGGCGCAAGCGUCUAUGCUUUCCUUUUAAUAGUUUCUUCUAGUCUAUAACGCCAAAGGUGUGGAGAUGACUGGCUCUGCAUCAAGUCGGCAGUCCAGCUUGCCAGCAAACCUGACGGUACACAUACCCUUGCGGCGGAAUUUUCUCCCUGUCACCUUUCUUGUAUUUGCAGAUAAUUGCUGCCAUUUGGGUGGGCAGGCUGUGCCUUCUCCACGCAACUGAUUUGAAAGCUACUCAUGCGCGCAGCCCUGUUCCUUUCUCUAUCUUUGUACAGUUAAUGCUUGCACAUACAUACAUACACACACGCAUACAUACAUACAUACUCACACACACGUAUGCACGCACGCUCACGCUCCGCCUCCUUGCACGCACUCUCUCUCUCUCUCUCUCUCCUGGUGCGAUUUACUAUUGUUGUACAUAUGGAGUAUAGGAUUACCUAACAUAGCAAAGGACUUCCUGGACUGAUAUUUCACCCACUGCUUUAUAUUUCUUCUUUGGGUACUACAUUAUAGUCUGAAGUAAUUAGUUGUUGAGACGAUUAUUUAUAACUAUUCCAUACAUAAUACACACAUGAUCGCAUGGUCUAUGCAGUUAUUGUGCCUUAUUAAACUGCAGAAUUAUCUCGU